GUGAUUCCUUCUUUCAGAUAUAUUUCGAUGGAUAAUAGACAACACCGCAUUAGAACACUAGCGCUUGAGUGUAAAAAAGCGCAACUAAAAAUGAGAGACGUUUUUAUAUCGAUUUGUUGACAGUUGUCAAAAUAAAAGUGCUGUUGAUUUUUUUAUAGGAUAUAAUGGGCAGACGUAGUAGAUCGAAAUCUCCCUUCGAAUCCCGAAGGCGUGAUAGAGACAGAGAUAGGGAUAGAGAGAGAGACAGGGAAUUAAGGGAACGGGAUAGAGAUCGACAUCACAGGAGGAAAAGAUCCAGAUCGCGGGAUAGAUCUAGGGACAAAAGAAGAUAUUCUAAUGAUAGGGAUAUUCGACAUCAUUAUACUAGAAGCAGAUCGAGAAGUAGAUCUAGGUCAGUAGAUAGACUGAAAAAAAGAAACACACUUCCUGAAAGACCCUUAAUAACACCUGCAGACCUCGAAGGCAAAACAGCUGAUGAACAAGAGAUGAUGAAACUGAUGGGUUUCUGUACGUUUGAUUCCACUAAAGGCAAAAAAGUUGAUGGAAAUGAUGUAGGUACAGUCCAUGUCAUUUUGAAACGUAAAUACAGACAAUACAUGAACAGAAAGGGAGGUUUCAACAGACCUUUGGAUUUUGUAGCCUAAUACAGUCCUUUCAUAUUUCAACUGAGAUUUGUAACAUCAUCAGGUUUUCAACCAUACCUCAUUUAUUAUUCUUAAUGUUUUUCCAUGAUGAAUUUUAAUCCCGUUCAUUAUAUUUCAUACCGUUAAACCUUGAUAAUGAUAGUAAAUAUGCAAGUUACAAGUUGUGUAGAUUGUGAUCUUAGUGUUAAGUUUAAUAUUUGUGAUUUCUGAAAAUCAAAUAAAGUUUUUGAUAUCCUUCA